GCCAAAUCCUGGUGUUUAGAUCUCUACGCACAGUCAGCGUGCGCGACAUGGGUGCUUCCAUGCUUGUAUAGGGCAACAGGGUUCAGUUGAUGAAGGACGUAUCAUGGUGUUUCUCAGUUUGUCCCGGUGGGUUCGCAGUCGGGGUCCUGAUCGGUACUGGAAGGUGCAGGAAUUGCUGAAACAUGCCCGGGUAUGCCCAUUUAUUCCAGGGUGUGGGGCAAGCUAACCAUGUGCCAUGUCUCAGUGUAAUAUGGUAUCCCAGGAUGGCACAGGGACUGUCAUGGGCACAAUGUGUAAUAAAACAAAUAUAUUUAUAUUAAACACACACAUAUGUCAAUCUAUAUUAUUGCUAAACAUGCUUAUAGAACUGUGACUUGUGUGUAACAGGAAGCACUUCACAAAAAUGCCAUGGUAUUGAUAACAGACCAAUAAAUAAUAUGAAUUAGAAUUGGGUCUAGAAAUUGGAAAUCUGCCUUGCCUUUGCAUUUACUCUAGAGAUGCCUGCAUAUUCAUUCUCUUUAUACACAAUUAAAUGCAGAAGAGGCUUGCGCAUAAAAAUGGCAGUGUUGUAUCAGGUGUUAUUAGGUUAAUUUAAGUGUUGCACUUGCCACAAAUUACUGUAGCAGUAUUGUUUCUGGCUUUAUAUGUAUGUGUAUAUAUCUAUCCCCUUAAGGACACAUGACGGAAAUAUUCCAUCAUGAUUCCCUUUUAUUUCUGAAGGUGUGUCCUUAAGGAGAUAUAUAUGGUGGGGGAUAUAUAUUAACCAAUACUUUUUUUUCUAAACCUAACAUUCUCCUCAUGUCCUCUUUUUUGUUUUUUUUGUUUCCAGUAGGAUAGUAGUGGUUGUCAUAUCAGUAGUGGCCUAGCAAACCACUUCCCUUCCCAUUAUAAUUAGUCAAACCAUUUUUUAACUGUUUGACUUCUUACCAGAGGUCCACUGGGCACAAUGACCCACCUCCACUACUAACGCUGAAGAACCAGCUUCCAGCUCUCAAAAGUAGAGGGACGUGGAGCCCAGUCAACUCCUGGCAAGAUGUCAGACUUUUCAAAACAAUGGUGGGGUAUUACUAUUUUUAUAUAUAUUUAUUCGCACACAAAAGCCUCCACAAAUGACCGUGCCUCUUUACAUUUUUCCUCCUCUAGGGACAUGCUAAUUUAAUUGUAUCAAACUCACAAGUACACAUGAUAUAAAGGGAUCUGGAUCCAGGACUAGGAACAAAUGAGUGUAAUGCAAAUUAGCUCUGUUCAUGUUAAACAUACCUUAAUGUCACUUAUUAAGAUUGAAGCCAUCAAUCUCUUAAGCCUCUACAAUAAAUAAAUGAUAGCACAAAGAGCUAUAAGAUUUCAGUCUCUUUAAAGAAGUGCUCCACCCAAUCAAAGUAUUAAAAACAUUAUGUUUAAUGUAUGUGUUUAUUUUUAGCAUUUCCGUGGAAGGAAGAACCGGUGCUAUAGCCUAGCUGUGCGAGCUGUUCGUAGAGCUUUCGUUUAUUCAACAAAGGCCAGGAAGGCUAAGAAACACAUUAUGAGAUCGGUAAUGUAUACAUCCAUUUAUUGUCUAUUAUUGUACUUUUUCAAAAAUGUAUUUAUUUUACAAACCUGUCACUUUAAAUUUGAAACAACUCUUUUUGUCUUUGCUAUGUGAGCAGUGGGUUAACAUUAGCCAGUUUUUUUUCAUUUACUUUUUUGCUUAUCCAAUCCCCCAUUUUCCUUUCUAAUCGGAUGCAAUUGUUCGGCCAUUUAUCUGCAAUUUAUCCUUUUCUGUGAAAUGCGUAAGAUUUUUGUCUGCCGCUGCUUGGAAAUUGCGUGUGUUUCUUUUUCUACUGCUAAAAAAAAAAAUUUGUUUCAAGGACUAAAAUUAUUAUGGGGCCUUUUUUUUAUAAUAAUUAUUAGUGAGUGUAUAUUUGUUUACUAACCGGUUUAAGCAUUACUUAAUUUCCUGGUGCACUCGCCCUAUAUUAAUGCCUAUUUAUAACCUUCACAUAAUUGUGCCCCGAGCAAGUCUUCUUUUUUCUAUAAAUAUUUUAUCAAAUAAUGUCAGGACAUGCCUUUUCAGAAAGAGUUUUGGAUGAAUCACAUAACUGUGCUGCUCAAAACAUUUGGUAUGUUCCACUGUCUAUCUACAUGUCAUGACAUAAAUAUACUAAAAACACAAUGUCCCAGCUCCCUUCCCUAUACACAGUGCCCUUUAACUAUUUCCCACCCGUGUCUUUGUGACCAUUCUCUCUUCUACCUACCUAUCUGUCGCCUGAAUGCUCCCAUCGCCCUGCUUGGAUCUCACACUGCUACAUUGUCUGGUUCCAUGAUAAUGGAUAAUGCUUGCCCGAGUGCAAGACAGGAUCCUGCAAUUGUCCUGAGAUGAUGUGAUCAAGGUCAUGUAGCAUCCUCACUCUGUGUCACCUUGCUUUUGUCAGAGCAGAAUAACAGGUUGUCUGCCCUGGUGUCAGAUUUAUCACGUUUCUAAAUUGCAGCAACACUGGUGGAAAAAUGUUAUGGCACCCAAUAGAGAAGAAUGUGUACGUGGCUUUUUAUACUGCUCACAUUUUUACCUCCGUGAGUCAGAAAUACAUUUCUCCCAAACCUGGCCAAUAGAAAAAUCUAAAUAUUUUAAAUAAAACCUUUUAACAGUCUUGCUGCAAGCCAGGGCACACUCUAUAGAAGGACAGAAAUGCUUGAAUGGCAAACAAUUAAAAUAAGAGGGGUUUGAGCUAUGGAUAUGUCUAAUCUGCCCAUUAAAGGGACACUCCACUGCCCAAAUAGAAAAUAAAUAUAAAUCACUGUUUAGCAGAUACAGCCCAAAUUAAAAUGUCCAUGUAUUUAGUUAUGGGUUUGUUUUUGUUUUUUUAUUUAUUGGGGUUAUAUCUAAAAACAGCUGCAGAUAUUUCUUGUUGAAAGGCUGUGCAAGCCCUCCUCUUCUAACCCACCCUGACUUUCUCUGGUUGUCCAAUCACAGACUGCCCAAUGUUGUUUUAAUGAGAAAGCUUUGCAAAGCAGGUGCUCUGAGCAAUUGCUGCCUCUUGAGUUUAGCUCCAUUGAGCUAACCUAACCAUGAAGUAACAGGACCUGUUGUCAAUAUCUAUUAAAAUCUGCACUUUUGUAAAAAAAAAAAAAAAAAAAUGGGACACGCUUCAUACACAAAGCAUUUCAACAAACUAACAUGCUUUAGGGGUCUGUGGAGUCCCUUUAAGGGGUCUAACUCCCUUAGUUUGUGUCUGCCCCAUCCACAACCACAGUAGAUGGUGGAUCAGGCAGUAUUAAAUUUAAAAAAAAAACUAUAAGGGCAAUUCAAAGGGUAAGGCUGCUCUUCUGCAGACAUCUAUAACAACAACAACGUAUUUAACCAGGAAAGGUACAUUCAGAUUACUCUGGUUUUCAAGUAUGCCCUGGGGAUGCUACAUUAGCCCAACAUCCAGGGGUUGUUAUGAUCCCUCUCUUUGGUUGAAAAUUUAACUUUAAAAAAAGAAUAAAUCUGAUUGUGUUCUAAACAUCUCAUGAAUAUAUUAUCGGUCAUUAGUGUCAUGAAAAUUAAGUUUAAAAAAAUUACACAAGCCGCACAUAGGGCUUUGGCAGAUGAGUCUAAAUGUAUUUAUACACCAACCUCGUAUGCUUUUAUCCAUAACAUUAGAGACUCAGAUUGGAUAGACAAACUGACCGCCAAAGUCUAAGGCACACUCGGGUCCUACCCCAAGCAAGGCCUAAAGGUCCAUGGCUGGAAAGUCAGUGUCCUAAUGUUGCAGUGUAAGCAUGCAGAAGCCAAACACAGAAAUAUUGGACACAGGUCUUCAGGAAGUAACAGGCCUUUAUUCACAUUACCGAUCGGGUCUCAGAUGAACUCCUGUUCCAACAUUCUGAGAGACCAACACAUAGUGUACAUUCCUUAUAUAGCACUAUAACUCCUCCCAUUAAUAGCUACACCCACAUAUACCUUUAACCAAUCAAUGAGCAGAAUAUAGACUUGUACAUCUAGUCAAACCACAUGGCUCAUCCAAGACAAAGGAAAUAAGUGCAAUUUCAGUUCCUGCAUUCCUGCACAUGCUCAGUACACUGAUGACAGUAUCCUAGCUACAUGUAGCUAACCAACUGACACAACAUACACAUAUGCCACAUGGAGAUUUUGGCCUACUAAAUUUUAACCAUGCUGGAAUCCCAUCACAUUCCCCCCUUUGAUGCCUCUGAUAUAACAUUAUUCCAGAUGCAUCACCAAUCACAGUUUUACCUACAUCUCUCAAGUAGCCAUUGAACCAGAGUAGACCUUGUAAGCAUCUUAAAAACGCCUUCAACAUUCUUCAUCCUGAAUAUAUUCUCUUCGGGCUAGGGGAUCAAAUCUUCCAGACAGCCAUUACAUGGGCAGCUGUCUUUCUCUCUCUAGUACUCUCUAUAAUACUAUGUAGGGACCUUACCACUAGUGGAAUUAGACAGGGCAGGAGGAGGCACAAAAAAAUAUAAUAAAUUCUACUCCUCCUACUAAUGUCUUAAUUCCUCCAAGCUGCUCAUACCAACUUCCAAACCAACUACUUAGGUUAUACCCAUUCCAGACCUGAGUAGGUACAUGCUCAAAUUUAAUCAUGUGGCUUGUAAGUUCAGCCACUGCCUACCCUUCAUCAUCUAUGUGCAGACAACAGUUACUUAGAUUAAACUUUCCGCAUACACCUCCUUCUACUGCUAGUAAGUAAACAAGGGCUAACCUAUUCUGGUAUAUGGCUGAUCACAUCUUGGUAUUUUGCUUAGCUAGAAGAUUAAGCACUUGAGCUGUCUCAUUAGUAAUAAUCUCAACUACCACCUGUAGUCUAAUAAUGCGGUUGAGCAUAGAUAAUCGGAGUUCUAUAUCCAUAAGUGCCAUCUUCUGCCCAAGUAGCAGGUCCAUAAUAAUUAAUAAUACGUUGAGGGGGCCACUCAUUAUCUUCCCAGCUACCUAUAUUCAAGGAUGCUCUCUCCCUUUUAUGAUUUACAUCGUAAACCUUAACUCCCAAGGUCUCUCCUGUUUCGAUUGGCAACAAGAAGAAGGAUGGCUUUGGCAUACCUAAUACACAUGCCCCUUCCCAAUCUUGUGGUAACUCCGAAUAAGUUUUCUUACCACAAAUCCAGUAUAAAUUUGCUGGGGCUUUCCAACUAGAUGUAGCCGAUAAGUCAAACCAUACCUCCUUUAAAUGAGUGUAAUUGGCAAACUGAUUAGUAGGUUCCGAGACAUUUGAAGCUGACCACCAAGUAGUAUUUUUAGUAUUAACAUUAUAGGCUUUUUGUCCCAAGCAAGUUAGCUCACCUACAGACGUGUUAUACAUUGUCCCUUUCCUGGCUAUACAAACAUGACCUAUAAUGGAGGUUUUCAACCACCAUUCCAAUUUACUUCUAGUACUUACUUGAUGAUCAGACUGGAAAGGUAUCUGUUGUUCAUAUGUCUCAGAGCCAGGGUACCAUAUUUCCUUUGCCUCCCAUGGCCACUGGUCUCCCAUAUUAGUACCUCCACACACAUAGCAAUUAGUUACAUUAAGACUACCUGCAAUACCCUCAGCCAAAUCAAUAAAUAGGUUGUUAACAUUAUGGGGAAUUUUAUCCUCAAUACUCAUCUCCUCAUAGAAGGAAUGAGAAACCUGAUGAGUUUGAGUUGCCACUGUCUCAGUUUCAAGACCUACAUAUAUUAUUGUUCCUGAAUCUACUCCUGUGCCAUAUAUUUGGAACCCAAACAGACCUCCAAACCUGUCAAUAAAGUACUGCAGAUUGGAAAUGGUCAUGUGAACGGGGUUACACACAUAGUUUUACAGUAUGGUGUGGUAGGCAACCUUUGGAUAAUCAUAUCUUGAUCCACUGUUUUUCCCAGGUUGCCCAACCUACACAUGACCAAUAGGGGCAGAAGUUAGUCUCUAUUUGGGCAAUCAGGAUCAGUAGAUAUUUUACUGGGACAUAAAUAUUUAUCAUUAAACCCAUAAGUUCGUUCCCAUUUAAGAUUACCACAUACAUUCCAAAGUCUUCCACUACCCGAAAUCGCCUUACAUGCAUCAAAUAGUAGAAUACCCGUGGAAUGUAUGGUGCUUAUCACAGUCCUAUUUAUUAAUGUCCCCUGGGAGUUACUAUUCCGAAUUACCAACCAAAUUGUACGGGGUUGGAAAUGGGGAUCAAAACAUUUAGACUCUCCUGAUAUUGGCUUGCACACACUAUAAUCAAUAUCCAAAUAUCUACAUUUAGAUACAGAUCCCUUACAUUCAUAAUGUGAGUGCCAGAUGAGAGUUUGGGAUAUUUGGUUACCUGUUUUAGUAGUCUUAAUGCAACUAUCGCAAUUCGGUAUGUCUGUACUCCUACCUUCCUGAAAAAAUCAUAAAAAUACUAAGACACAUUAUUCCUGAAAUCCUCAUUUUUCUUCGACCGUGCGAUGGCCUCUCAGCUUCCCGAUUGUGAGGGCUGCAAGGAUGUUGUUCUUCUGAUCCUCACUUUCCUUCACAGAGAUCCCUUCAAGAUACUCUGGCUAUGACACGUAGGCAGGUGGUCAGGCUUUAUUAUGGCCGUCAAAACACCUACUUGAUGAUCUUUGUAGACUUUUAACUAGAAUGUCUCGAUAUCCCCUCGUCACUCCGACUGAGUUGCACGCUUCAACCGGGUCCUGCAAGGAUUCUCAGGAUCUGGAGUAGUUUGCCAAGAGUCUGCUGCUGGUUUAACCUUAGAAUGAUGAAUCCAAGGAGUCACUUCCGCCACCUUUACAGCUAUUGGGGUAGAUAAAAGAACAACAUACAAAGGCUAACAGAAUACACCCCGAGCUUUAACUCAAUAUGUAUUGGUGGGAUAUUACGAGCAAGUCCUGGAGGAUUAUUUUCUUCCCAUACUCCUGGAAUGUCAAGUAAGGAUUCAUCACUCUUAGGGUUAACACUUGUCACUAUGGAAUAGAAGCGCCAUUCUUCUUCCCUUGGCACCGAUAUCGCCAUUAUGCCUGGUAAUCCCUUAAACUUCAGAGAUGUUAAUCCAUUAGGUAAAAGGUUAUCUGAUCUUAAAGCUUCGAUAAUAGAUCUCUUCCUAAAAGUUGAAUCGGACACUCUGGCAUAUAUAGGAACUAAUGCUUCACCACAUGGCCUCCCAGAAUACAAGUGCGACUCUUAAGAACCGGUCUAGCUGCACUUCUCCCAGUAGCUCCUAUCACAGUUAUAGUCUUCCCCGAAGGCGGAGCCACCAUCUUAGUCACCACAGAAUGUUCAGCACCUGUGUCGAUCAUGAAAGAACUUCUCUUUCCCCCUAUUGCUACAUCGACCAUAGGCUACGCUCGACCAAGUGGGAUGGAGCCCGGUCGGUAUCAAUAGUCUUCCAUGAUAGUGUCAGCCAGACCCACAAAAUCUCUAUCCUCUCUUUCUCUAAGUCUCUGCGUGGGUGGAUAGUAUCUGUCUCCUUGAACACUUCCUCUACUAUUCCCAUCAUUCCCUCUAAAACUUCCUCUUCCUCUAUAACUACCACUAUAACCUCCUCGUACCCUUCUCACUCCUUGUCUAUCACCUUCAUACUGCUCUCUCUGUGGACACUCACUCUUCCAAUGUCCCUCCUUUCUACAAUACGCACAUUAAUUCCUACUUAAAGUCCCUUGCUCAGCCUAUUCUCGUCUCCUCUAUUCACUUCUCUGUCUUUCUACACUUAAGAUAGCUACCGCUAGCAUAUCUGCCUUUUUCCUCAUUUUACGUUCUUCCUCCGUCUCCCUAUUCAUAUAUACUGUAUUUGCAAUCUCCAUUAGCUGUAAUAUGGACAUCCCUGCAAAUCCCUCUAAUUUCUGUAAUUUCCUUUUAAUAUCACCUUGGGCCUGGCUGACAUGCUGAGUCUAUCAUUCGGAAGUUUUCAGGGGCUUCAGGAUUGAAAGGAGUGUACAAUCUAUUUGACUCAAGCAGUAUCUAAUAUGGGACUUCGGCAAGGCUGCUCAAUAAUAGGUUCCAGUCUAGGAGUAGUAAGAUAGGUGUAAGGGGGUGAGCUAAUUUUAUUAGUCGGCAUUUGGUGGAUGAAAAAACGUUUUUGUUUAAAGUGUUAAACCAAAAACCUACCAGUAGGUGUCACCAGAGGGUAAUUGUAUCAAAAUAAUCUUUAUGGGUCUAAUAAAAAAAAAACUCAACUUUUAAUAUAUUUAUACAUAAAAUAAAACCUUAUAGCAAUAAAUAUAUUAAAAUAGGGUAAGCAAUCCUACUUCUAUCUGUUAUAAACAAUGUAUUAUCAAUGUAACUCCCAAAGAUGGCCCGUAGGUGGCUUAGAGUGCCUCCCUAAAGUCAAAUGAAACAAAUAGACUUUAAUUAAUUAUGUCCUAUUUUAUUAUUACUUAUUUUAAUCAAUGUCCACCCUGAUAGCUAGGCUUGAUUAAAUCUUUAGUUCUAAGGUAAAUUAAACAUUUCAGUUUGUAGUUUAGUAAAAGGGGACAUUUUGGACAAAGCUGGGAGGGGCCCAUCCAGUAACUAAAAAACCAAUAUACCAUCUGAUACCAUUGAUCAUUGAUUAGGGGGAGGGGUAGUACAGAAAUACAAGAGUUUGAAACACAGGAACAGAUAGGUAUGUGGGUAGGCGGGGACAGUAGAGCAGGGGGAGUGCAAAUACUGACUAUAUACCAGUUUUUAGCUUGGGAAGAAGAAUAGGGGCGUGGCUACUGUAGCUCUGGAGGAUGUUUGGGGGGUUGGUAAUCAGAUGCCAGGGGGGAGGGGAUGUCCAAAGCAGUUGUAAUUAAGUCCUUAGUUCUGACCACCAUAUGGCUACAUUGUUUCCCAUAUGACACAGUUUAAUUCACCAAGGCAGUUUUUCAACAAUCAGUUUCCAACAGUCAAUAUAUAGAAACUGAUCAUAGAAUUCCAGCCUACUAGUUACAGCCACAUGUACACCCUGCACUAAUUUUAAGUGAAGACUGCUACAUGGAGGCCAUGCGGCCACCAGGACAGGCUACUCCCUACUUUUUUUUUUUUUGAAAACAUACAAGACAAAAGACUAACAGCCUAGUGAAUCAGAAGAUCAUUGCAACAGAACGUCUGAUUCAAAAAGCUGUACAAAUAUACACACAGUUUCAACAGUCACACCAAUCUCCUUAUCACCAGCAACACAUUGCGCAGUCACUAGGCCCAAACACACACACAGGAUCCUCACAUGCUCAACAAUAUCACGACGUCGCACACACGAAAUUAAAUCAAAAACCCACCAAAGACUAUACACUUAUCAAUGUAACUAUUAUUCAAACCAUACAACUAUCCACGCUAUUAAUCCAUAUAAACUAACCGAUCACAUAACAUUUCAACAAUUUCAUCUCUACAAUUAUCCGUACUAUAAAUCAACUUUUGACUAACCAACUAUAUCACAUUCUAGUAACCUCAUCUUUACAGUCAGUGGUUAUGGUACAGUUAGUAAGUGGUUAUAAUACAGUUUUAAAGUCACAGAUCAGUUAGUAACAGUUAUGGUAUUAUACAUAUAACAUAAAACAGCAAUUGUUAGUAAUUUUUACACAAUGUCAGUGGUUAUGGUAUAUGUCAGUAGUUAUGGUACCGUGCGCUAUUUUACAGUUAUACACACAAUUUACACUCCCACUAGACAGCAGAGCUCUAACUUUCUAGUAGGACAUACAAGUUAACCAAUUCACCAACUACAAUAUAUUUAACAACAUUUACAAUAAUCCCAACUAUUCUAACUGGCCAGCACCUCGAGAGCUUUCGAUCUAUUUAUACACCAGAGAUUCGAUAAGUUCUUCGCUGCCCAGACACCACGUAUAGCGAACUAGAGGGCAGAAUUUACACAGUACCCAGCUAGUCUAUUAAACUAUCAAUAAGCUAGUGGCUGGAUUUACAACAGAGCACACUUAGUUAAGAUAGGGUGAAAUCUAGCAAACUAUAAUAUACAACAGAGUAUGCUAGUCUCCCGGUCCCCCCGACCUAGCGAACAAAAUUUACACCCUAGAUACGCUAGUCAAGACAGGACACCGGUGUCCGACAUGAGCUAUUUACACCAGAACUCAGUCUGACCCAAACCACCUAUAUUAGACGGGCUGACUACAGAGCGUCUAAUUUCCAGAUAAGUGUUGCGCUUUCACUUCUUCCAUCCAUCAGGACAGGGCAGAUUCCAAUAACCGGUUCCAAAUAUAAAACCCCUUGUGGGUCUACCGCUCUAACGGUAUCAAUCUUACCUGUUAAUUUCUGGACCUGGGUUCACUCAUAGACGGAACAAUCCGGGACUCACUGCGCAGAAGCCGAUGAUCUCCUGGACAAAAGGCCAGUGGCGCCGAGACGAAAGGAGGUCCACGCAGUAGAAGUCCAGGAUUGUAGCGUAGAAGGUUUGGUAAAAGUUUACCGUCUCAAAUCUCUGCGCUAGCUUCCAUGCAAAUGAGGUUCCCACUGCCAAUGCACCAGAGAUGUUGCAGUGUAAGCAUGCAGAAGCCAAACACAGAAAUAUUGGACACAGGUCUUCAGGAAGUAACAGGCCUUUAUUCACAUUACCGAUCGGGUCUCAGAUGAACUCCUGUUCCAACAUUCUGAGAGACCAACACAUAGUGUACAUUCCUUAUAUAGCACUAUAACUCCUCCCAUUAAUAGCUACACCCACAUAUACAUUUAACCAAUCAAUGAGCAGAAUAUAGACUUGUACAUCUAGUCAAACCACAUGGCUCAUCCAAGACAAAGGAAAUAAGUGCAGUUCCUGCAUUCCUGCACAUGCUCAGUACACUGAUGACAGUAUCCUAGCUACAUGUAGCUAACCAACUGACACAACAUACACAUAUGCCACAUGGAGAUUUUGGCCUACUAAAUUUUAACCAUGCUGGAAUCCCAUCACACUAAAGCUGUUUGAUUUACCACAUGCUCUCAUAUUUGGUACAUGAAAGUCUUCUCCUGAUGUAGGAGCUCUUUUUCCCUCUUUCAACUGCUUUCUCAAUCACGUUAUUCAUUUAAAUUAAUAAUAAUAAUAAAUUCAGUCUUGCACUAUUGGCUACCCAUGGUUUUUUUUUUUUUUUUUAUAUUACUUUACUGUCAUCUGACUAAAUAUCUAAACAAAAUAACAUUUUAAAGGAUCACUAUAGGGUCAGGAACACAAACCACCAUUAACACCACCAUCUAGCUCCCCUGGGGCCCUCAUGCCUCUAUAAAUAUAGCAAAAUCUUACUGUAUUCAAGCCUGAAGUUGCAACUCUGCAUGCUGUUAGACUCAGAAAAACAAGCAGUCUGCUGACCUCAUUAGAAGUGGUGGCCUGAUGCAAUCACAGUGCUUCUCCAUAGGAUUGGCUGAGACUGACAAAGAGGCAGAUCAGGGGCAGAGCCAGUAUGAUUCAAACACAGCCCUGGCCAAUCAGCAUCUCCUCAUAGAGAUGAAUUGAAUCAAUGAAUCUCUAUGAGGAACGUUCAGUGUCUGCAUGCAGAGGGAGGAGAUACUGAAUGUUUGGAUGCAUUUUAGGCAGCCAUGACCCAGGAAGGAUCUCUAACAGCUAUCUGAGGAGUGGCCAGUGAAGUUAUCACUAGGCUGUAAUGUAAACACUGCAUUUUCUCUGAAAAGACAGUGUUAACAGCAAAAAGCCUGAAGGUAAUGAUUCUACUCACCAGAACAAAUUCAAUAAGCUGUAGUUGUUCUGGUGACUAUAGUGUCCCUUUAACUAGAUUCCUUUUUUUUUCACAGCUGUGGAUAAGCAGACUUGCAGCAGCAACCAGAGAACAUGGCAUGAAAUAUCCUGCUUUGAUAUGCAAUCUUGUUAAGGUAAGUAGUUUAAAAAAAAAAAAAAUUAUAAUUCUGUUUUGCUAAAGAAGGACUGAAAGAAUGUUAUUUAAAGUACAAUUUAUGCUACUGAUACAUUUUCACAGUCCAGUAGCUAACUAAAAAUUAACUUGUUAAUUUUGUUUUUCUUUUUUUUGUUUUUGUUUUGGUUUAUUGAGGCAAAAUUAUGAAGGUACAGACAUUUUAGAGUGCAUAUGCUAACAAGUAGAGGCAAAAACUCACAUAAUAUGUAUAGCAUUCAGGAUCAUCAAGCCUCAGGAUUUGUUUUUUUUUGGAGGGAAAAUAAAAGUAUAACACAAUAGGAAAUGGGAACUUGGUAGACUACAGAUUAAUUCCAGCAUGAAUAAAGUCGCACAGUGAGGUUGUCGAAAACAGCCUAUCAGUGGAAGGUGGAAUAAACUUUAUGACCUGCUAAUCCCAUUCCUAUGACAUAUAAAUCAGAUUACCUCUGGGUGAUUGUAUAAGAGAACUGUCAUAGUGGCUUCUCCAGGCUACUGGAUCAUCUGAGGGGUGAUAGCACAUUAAAUUAUAUAAAACAGUAAAAUAAAAUAACAGGAUGAGUGUUCUUAACAUGCAAGACUUUCAGUUCCCCCUAACCAUCAGCAAAUCCCCAUACUAGGGUAUAUAUUCGUGGAUUCAGAUAGCGUCCGUACCAAAACAUGUUCUCGGGAGGGAUCUUAAGAACAAGCUGCAUAAACUUUAAAUCUGCUCGUCCGAGAAGGCAAAUUGCAGUAGGGUGUACUCCAGGUAAGCACAGAGUAAAAAUAGUGAAAAAUCUCGAUUUAGUGGUCAAAAAGCUGUUGAUUUCUGUAGAGCACCUCUCACAUAUAACCUGCUCGGCAUGCAGUCAGGCCUCGCCCUCCCGGCAAUUUUAUUUCUAUAAAAUUCCUAGUCGUUUUUAUUUUUACUUUAUACUGUAUGCCGGGCUAUACAGGCACAGCCAGGGCAUACCCUGUAAAUUAACCUAACCUUUGCCAUGCUAUAUACACUUGUGCUAAUGGGAUUAAACCAAUCCUGGCUUUCUUCACUGAUCCCCAAAGAACAAAGUAGUAAUUAGUUCUUUUAACCCAUUCGCAAUAGAUGGCAUCACAGGACUGUCAUGAUAUACUACUUGCAGUGUUUUCAUGAUAUUUAAUAACCUUUGACAUUCUGUCUGAUGUAAUAUUCCUGAUAUCUGCAUCAGUUAUAAAAUAUGCUACAAAGAUUUUUAAACCAAGUAAAAAAAGAAAUUGGGAAUAUAUCGGAUGCAUACUAGGGAAAUAUAUUUUAAGCUCGCAAUACAGGUAGCUACUAGAAUUCUCUUCAAUUCAAUUGAUUUUCCACAGAGGGUUUCCUUCCCCAGUUAUACCACCCCUACCCCCCCCAAAUGCUUCCUUUCCUACUGACACCACAACGAUUACAGAUUACAGGUCACUGGGUCUUUGACGUAGGGACAGCACCGGUCCAAGAUGUUUUAUGUAUAAAGAGAAUACAGCACCUGCUGUACCUGCCUUCUUUUGUCCUUGUAUAUGAUCAAGUGAUGGUGAUGUGUGAUCCAUGUGUGUUGGGUACAAAACUAUACAGGGAGUGCAGAAUUAUUAGGCAAAUGAGUAUUUUGACCACAUCAUCCUCUUUAUGCAUGUUGUCUUACUCCAAGCUGUAUAGGCUCGAAAGCCUACUACCAAUUAAGCAUAUUAGGUGAUGUGCAUCUCUGUAAUGAGAAGGGGUGUGGUCUAAUGACAUCAACACCCUAUAUCAGGUGUGCAUAAUUAUUAGGCAACUUCCUUUCCUUUGGCAAAAUGGGUCAAAAGAAGGACUUGACAGGCUCAGAAAAGUCAAAAAUAGUGAGAUAUCUUGCAGAGGGAUGCAGCACUCUUAAAAUUGCAAAGCUUCUGAAGCGUGAUCAUCGAACAAUCAGCGUUUCAUUCAAAAUAGUCAACAGGGUCGCAAGAAGCGUGUGGAAAAACCAAGGCGCAAAAUAACUGCCCAUGAACUGAGAAAAGUCAAGCGUGCAGCUGCCACGAUGCCACUUGCCACCAGUUUGGCCAUAUUUCAGAGCUGCAACAUCACUGGAGUGCCCAAAAGCACAAGGUGUGCAAUACUCAGAGACAUGGCCAAGGUAAGAAAGGCUGAAAGACGACCACCACUGAACAAGACACACAAGCUGAAACGUCAAGACUGGGCCAAGAAAUAUCUCAAGACUGAUUUUUCUAAGGUUUUAUGGACUGAUGAAAUGAGAGUGAGUCUUGAUGGGCCAGAUGGAUGGGCCCGUGGCUGGAUUGGUAAAGGGCAGAGAGCUCCAGUCCGACUCAGACGCCAGCAAGGUGGAGGUGGAGUACUGGUUUGGGCUGGUAUCAUCAAAGAUGAGCUUGUGGGGCCUUUUCGGGUUGAGGAUGGAGUCAAGCUCAACUCCCAGUCCUACUGCCAGUUCCUGGAAGACACCUUCUUCAAGCAGUGGUACAGGAAGAAGUCUGCAUCCUUCAAGAAAAACAUGAUUUUCAUGCAGGACAAUGCUCCAUCACACGCGUCCAAGUACUCCACAGCGUGGCUGGCAAGAAAGGGUAUAAAAGAAGAAAAUCUAAUGACAUGGCCUCCUUGUUCACCUGAUCUGAACCCCAUUGAGAACCUCUGGUCCAUCAUCAAAUGUGAGAUUUACAAGGAGGGAAAACAGUACACCUCUCUGAACAGUGUCUGGGAGGCUGUGGUUGCUGCUGCACGCAAUGUUGAUGGUGAACAGAUCAAAACACUGACAGAAUCCAUGGAUGGCAGGCUUUUGAGUGUCCUUGCAAAGAAAGGUGGCUAUAUUGGUCACUGAUUUGUUUUUGUUUUGUUUUUGAAUGUCAGAAAUGUAUAUUUGUGAAUGUUGAGAUGUUAUAUUGGUUUCACUGGUAAUAAUAAAUAAUGGAAAUGGGUAUAUAUUUGUUUUUUGUUAAGUUGCCUAAUAAUUAUGCACAGUAAUAGUCACCUGCACACACAGAUAUCCCCCUAACAUAGCUAUAACUAAAAACAAACUAAAAACUACUUCCAAAAAUAUUCAGCUUUGAUAUUAAUGAGUUUUUUGGGUUCAUUGAGAACAUGGUUGUUGUUCAAUAAUAAAAUUAAUCCUCAAAAAUACAACUUGCCUAAUAAUUCUGCACUCCCUGUAAAUAAAAAAUAUAAAACAAAAAUUGUCUUAAAUUCUCCGUGAAAAUAAAUGAUCCAUUCAGAAAAAAAAGUCUUCUUUUUUUAUUUUUUUUUACAUUUAAAUUCCUGUCUCUUAACACACUGUUGGAGGUGGUUACAUUAUCUCCAAAAACAAAACAGGAUUACUGUAGCCGUUCUUAGUAUUUCUGUUUAUUAAAUUACGUUUUGUGCUUUUUUUGUUUUUUUCUUUUAUGUUCUAGUGCCAAGUGGCUUUAAACAGGAAAGUGCUUUCCGAUUUGUCCAUCUACGAACCCAAGACAUUUAAAUCUCUGGCGGCCUUGGCUAAGAGGAGACGGGAGGAAGGUUUUCUGUCUGCCUUGGGGGAUGGCAAAGAACCAGAAGGGAUAUUUUCCAGAGUGGUGCAUUAUAAUUAAUGACAAAAGCUUGAAACAGAACAGACAUUUCAAGAACUUUUUAAAAAACAAAACAUUGGUCUGACUUGAAGACUUUCAUUGUGCUAAUUUAAUGGGUAAUAUUAAUCUGUGAGUAAGCAAUUGUGCACAUGUUGAUAAUGUGUUUCCUGCAUUUAUAGCAAUGUUGAUUUUACAAAACUCCUGUGCAUCUAAUAACAUCUAAAUACAUAGAGAUGUACCUUUUUCAAGAGCUUUUUAUGAAAGAAAACAUUAUUGAAUGCCGACUACUUCAUUGUGCACUUCAGCUAGUAAGUAUACAUUAUAUAUGUAUUGAAUAGUGAUUCGUUGAGGCAUUUGAAAGCUGAUGAACCAAUGUGAAAAUUAUUGUAUACAUACAAAGCUACCAUUCCUGCAUAUGGCUUGACCCGAUUAUCGUGUGGACAAUUUGAUUGGUUAUUUUCAAACUUUUUAGAAUAUAUACAUAGCUGUAUUGUGAGAACAUGGUUUUUGAUCUACUGAAUAAAUAUUUUGCAGCGAUCAAGGAAGUGGGUGUUUAAAUAUUUUACUUUUUUCCUAGGUUAUUAUGAUGUAAAUAAGAGAAUGCAUUGCAGGGUUAAGUGCUUGUUAAGAAAAGAAAAAAAAGUUUAGCUAAUACAAAUCUGAAUUAAAGAAUUUUCAGUAUUUGUAAAAUUGAACCAAGAAAAAUAGUAUUUGCUUUUAUUAGCCGUAAUAUAGAAGUAUUUUAGUCAUUGCUUUUGAGUUGCCUAGUUUUCAAUUCAACAGUUAUUUAGAUUAUCUAGCAUCCUGCAUUUAGAAGAACUGACCCUUUUUGGAGCAACCAAAUCACUUGUUCCCUUCAUGCUGCAUAUCCCCCAUUUCUAGGUUAUCCAUCGACACCUAAAAUAUAUGUUCCUAGAACAGGGUAGGCAACCUUUGGUACUCAAGAUGUUGUUGACUACGACUCCCUUGAUACAUUGUCAGCAUUAUGGCUGUAAGAGUGUCAUGUAGCCAAAGCUUGCCUAUUCCCUGUCCUAGAAAAUGGGGAGGCAAAGAAAAGAGGCAUGUAUUUGUAUAACGUAGCGUUUAAUGAGAUCUAUGCUGACUGAAUAAUGAACUUGUCAGUUGAUCUUGAAAACCCGACAUGAGGGCCAAUUGCUUCUGUAAUGACGAACUGUAGCAAAUUCAGAAUGGUAUAGAAUCUAACUAUAUAUUGUAAUGCAAUGAUGAUUUAUACUACAGACAUGUGCUAUGUGGGUUAUGGUACUAUUACGGUUUGAGUGCCAUCACCAGUUCUCGGUCAAACCAGCUGGACCAAAUGUGCCCCAUGGGGACCCUUAUUUUCAACAAUGGGACAACAUCCACAACACAAUAGCAUUAUAACCACUACAUUGAUAUAGUGGUUAUGGACCCCAGACUGUUUCUUAAAUGUUGCCAGUAACCACUAAAUCUAAUAUUCAUAAAUUUGAAUCUAAUCAUGUAACGAUCCCCCCCUCCCCUUACAUGUUAACCCUUUUUGUAUAAAUGUAAAUGAGUAAUUCAAGGUUAAGUGCAAAUUUUCAACCAUUUCCAAAG